AUGGGUGUUGCCAUAUGGGCUGGUGGUGUUGCGGUUGGUGGUGCUGGAAUCACUUACAGAGACUUGGUGUUGGCUUAUCUGAGGCUGAAGCCGACUGAGUUUGCGGGCGACGGCGACGCCCUAGAUUUUCUGGAGGAGGUUGAGCGGAAUGCUCAGAGACUACAGGCUUCUGAGAGACAGACUGUUAUGUUAGUGGAGAUGUCCUUGAAGGGUGCUGCAAAUGACUGGUUUCGCAGGGAGAUUCGCGCAGUUAUGGCUACUAUUACAUGGGCGGACUUUGUGACACAAUUCAAGGAGUUUUAUCUACCUUUCUCAGUGACAGAAGUGGACAGUGCCCGUCGGAUAGAGGCAAAUUUACUACACUUUGGGAAAAUGACUGAGACGAAGAAGGCGAGCGGUGUUGUUCAGAGUAGUGGGCAGCAGGGUGGUAGCAGCGGCUAUCAGCACAAGCCUUCCCAGUACAAGAGUCAGAAAGGGGGUGUUCGAAAAGGGUAUCAUCCGUAUUCUCACAGUUCUGGUUACAGUGGGAGUAGCCGUGGAUCUGGUCGCGGUUACAAUGAGGGUGAUAGUGGUGAUGUUCAUAGUGUUCCUAUAGUGAAUGAGUUCACUGAUUGUAUUGACUACAGACGGCUGAACAAGGUUACUAUGAAGAACCGGUACCCUCUUCCUCGUAUUGAUGAUUUGUUCGACCAGUUGGAGGGUGCUAAGUGCUUUUCGAAGAUUGACUUGAGAUCCGGGUAUCAUCAACUUCGGAUUCGAGACGUCGAUGUGCCGAAGACUGCUUUCAGAACACGGUAUGGGCAUUUCGAGUUCCUGGUCAUGUCUUUCGGGUUAACUAACGCACCAGCAGCGUUUAUGGAUAUGAUGAACCGAGUAUUCAAGCCGUUUCUGGAUCAAUUUGUUAUUGUGUUUAUUGAUGACAUACUAAUUUACUCUCGGAGUGAGGAGGAGCAUGCUUUCCACUUGAGAACGAUACUGCAGACUUUGCGUGAGCAUCAGCUGUAUGCUAAGUUCUCGAAGUGCGAAUUCUGGCUGGAUCAAGUUACAUUCUUAGGACACGUGGUGUCAAAGGAUGGGAUCAAGGUUGAUCCGACGAAGAUUGAGGCGGUUAUGGAUUGGCAGAGGCCGAGGUCAGUUACCGAGAUCAGAAGUUUUCUGGGGUUAGCU